AGAGCAGUUCAGUCGUCCACAUUUGCGCACACAUGAAUCUGACAGCGGAGAACCACACUAUUCCUCUCAGUGAUGGUAACCGUAUUCCACUGCUGGGGUUGGGCACCUACGGAGACCCACGAACGACUCCCAAAGGCAAAGCGCUUGAGUGUGUCAAGCUGGCCAUAGAUGUGGGUUACAGGCACUUCGAUGGCGCGUUGGUAUAUUUCAAUGAGCAUGAAGUUGGUCAAGCCAUCAGAGACAAGAUUGCUGAUGGAACAGUUAGACGAGAGGACAUCUUUUACUGUGGAAAGCUCUGGAAUACCUUCCAUCCACCAGAGUUGGUCAGACCGGCCUUGGAGAGGACGCUCAAAGCGUUGAAACUAGGCUAUGUGGAUCUCUACAUUGUUGAGCUUCCUAUGGCCUUCAAGCCUGGAAAUGAAUUUUAUCCAAAAGAUCCGAAUGGAAAAUACAUCUACCACCACACAGACCUCUGUGCAACAUGGGAGGCUUUGGAGGCCUGCAAAGAUGCCGGUCUGGUUAAGUCUCUGGGAGUCUCCAACUUCAACCGCAGACAGCUGGAGCUGCUGCUGAAUAAGCCUGGCCUCAAACACAAGCCUGUGUCCAACCAGGUUGAAUGCCAUCCAUAUUUCACGCAACCCAAGCUUCUGGAGUACUGUCGUCAGAACGGCAUUGUGAUUGUCGGCUACUGCCCAAUUGGCUCCUCCAGAGAUGCGUCGUGGGUGAAUGUGAAAUGUCCUCCUCUGCUGGAGGAUGAGCUUCUUGUCUCCAUUGGGAAGAAGUACAAGAAGAGCAGUGCCCAGGUGGCCCUCCGCUUCAAUGUGCAGAGAGGGGUCGUUGUGAUUCCAAAGAGCUUCAGCCCCGAGAGGAUUAAACAUAACUUCCAGAUAUUUGAUUUUUCACUCACUGAGGAAGAAAUGAAGGCCAUCGAAGCCCUGAACAAAAACAUUCGCUUCGUGGAGCUGCUGAUGUGGAGUGAUCAUCCAGAGUACCCCUUUCAUGAUGAAUACUGAGCUUUUUAACAUGUAGUGCAAAGCUCAUGAUUUUCAGUUUUUUUUUUCACUCCAAAUACGAAAUAUAUUAUAAUAGAUAAAAAAACAGCAAAGUUGGACUCUUCUUGUCAGUUCAUGCCAGUAACAAAUAGUUUAAAAUGAACUGAUGGCUCUGCUGUUAUAAAAAGAGUUUCAUUUCAGAGUAAGACAACUGAAAAAUACAUUAUAAAGAAAACAACAAUGAUUACUUCUUGAUGUAUUUUUUGAUCACCAGCAAAUAGCCAUGAGCUCUUUUAAUACAUUUUGAAGACUGUUAAUUGGAUAAGUAUCUCAUUCCUUGUCAAGUAAUGUCGCUUGUCGUGUUAAUAGAGGGCUUAAAGGGACAUUUGACAUUAGUGUGUUUGACAGUCCCAAUCUUCAAAUAAAUAAAUAAAUAAAUAGUUGUACAUACAUUUUCA